CAUCCCUCUCUCCCCGAGGCUCUUCUGUGCUCACUGCUCCCUGCUCUUCAGAGCCUCACCCCACACUCCUUUGCUUUACACCCCAGGCUUGCCGAAGUGCUCGCCACUCUUGAGACGCGCUGUGCUGUUCACACCACCGUGAGGGAGUUAAAACAAGGUCACCUGAAUGAGCUCUCACCUGAGCUGACAGGUGGCCUUAAAAGAAGGGAUAUUGGGACACACAGGGAGACAGAGGAAAGAUGGAGGAAAGUCUGAGGACAGAGGAGACCAAACCCCUCACUGCUUUGCUCUUGAAGAUUUCUGUGGCUUAAACCCAGGGGUGAGGAUUUGUUAGGGCCCUUCAACGGGCGUGUGUGUGUGUGUGUGUGUGUGUGUGUGUGCGCGCGCGCGCGCGCGUGCGUGUGCUGAGUAAGAGGGCAGGAAGGGGUCUGUUGGAGAACUGGCCUCCAGGGGCUACCGGGGGAACUGCAGCCCCGUUCUCCCCACCCAGGACAGCGCCCCGGCGGCUCCGGCUGGACUCGCGCCAUGUCGGGGAUGGAGAGAAAAUAGAACCAGCGAUGUGGGUUAGCAGCAGGACACGGAGUUUUGGAUGCUCUGGGAAGCAGCAGGAGGAACACAGAGUGUGGCUUGGCCUCCAGCUACAGCUGCCUCGCUGGUGAAGAAUCCCCUGGGUGAUGACGAGCCUGGGAUUUACGCCCCCUCCUGGCUCAACAAGAUGUUAUUUUGCUUUUCGGGUCGGAAGGGCGAGAUUCAAAUACAAGGUGAACGCCCCGGCAGUCACUGGGUCCCUGGAGUUUGAGAGAGUGUUCCGCGCACAACAAAACUGUGUGGAGUUUUAUCCCAUAUUCCUGAUUACACUGUGGAUGGCUGGAUGGUAUUUCAACCAAGUUGCUGCAGCUUGUCUGGGGCUGGUGUACAUGUACAGCCGUCAGAAGUACUUCUGGGGAUAUUCAGAAGCUGCUGAGAAAAGGGUCAGUGGUUUCCUAUUGAGCCUGGGGACUUUGGCGUUGUUGGGGGUCCUCAGCGCCCUGGGGAUAGCGAACAGCUUUCUGGACGAAUACCUGGACUUCCACGCUGCCAAGAAUCUGAGGCGAUACUUUUAACCUUUUCUCUUCCCUUCACUUUCAUGUUUGCGGAAGCUGUUUCCACUCAGAAGGUAACGGCCGUGUCGCUUGUUAAAUACAAAUAUAAAGUCUUCCGUU